AAGACGUAGUGGCAGCUCAGCUUGCUGCCAUGCAACAACAGUCCGGUGUUUUUCAGUUGGUACUGGCUCAACUUUUAGCCAGAAACAAUCCUGGUGACCCCCUCAUUAAUCUACUGAACCCUGCUCAACAACCCCCAGCCCCACAACAGAAUCCUCAACCGGUUCAGCAUGCUCUCGCUAUUAGUGAAUCUCAGGGUCAAUCCCACAUCGCACCUGCUCAACAACCCAUCCCUGAUGAUGUCACUCGACGCCUCGAUAGCUUGGAAAAGCUAGUAGCUGAACACCGAGGCGCUCCACCCCCACACCAUACUGCUGACUCCAUACCUCACCCUCUGAAUACCAACAUUACAUUGGAACCCUAUCCUGUUGGCUUCAAAAUACCACAACUGGAGACUUAUGACGGGACAAAGGAUCCUGAUGAUCAUUUGCAUGCUUUCUACCAAGCUCAGAACGCCUCUGAUGCAUUAAUGUGCAAAAUCUUCCCCUUUACUCUCCGAGGUAAUGCCCGAACUUGGUAUUAUAGUUUACCUCCGAGGUCGAUUAGCUCUUAUACAGAGAUGGAAUCUGCCUUUGCCACUAAGUUUUCCAGUAGAAGGUUGAUUAGGAAAACUACUUCUGAGCUGAUGCGAGUUAAACGGAGGGAUGGAGAAUCUCUGAAGAAUUAUAUGAGCAGGUUUAGUGAUGCAGUUUUAGAGGUUAGUUCCUUUGAUCAAGCUGUGGGAAUUGUAGCUGUAAUCUCCGGUCUCAAGCAUGACAGGUUCAGAGACAGUUUGAUCAAACAUGCUGCCACCACUUUUAGCGAGGUGAACGAUAGGUCUCUGAAAUUUAUAACUGCUGAGGAGUACGCCCUGGCGCAAAACCCACCUCCCACUAAGAACCAGCACCCAGAUUGGAGAGAUGACAAUCCGAGCAGGAAAAGGAUGAGGAUGGCACAGAACCAAGAUCACAGCCAUACUACAGAGCAGUGCAACAGCUUAAAGUCCGAACUGGAAAGUUUAGCUCAGAAGGGAAUGCUAAAUGAGUAUGUUCAGAGAACUGAACAGUUGAGGUUUAUCAGAGAACAGAGGCCGCAGCCCCCAGGAGUCCGCAAUCCCCCAAAUAGGCAAGGUGUGGGAUGUCAGCAAGCCCCACCUCCGUUCCCACCCCCAGCCAGAAUCAUACACAUGAUUACGGGAGGCCUUGAAGCAGUUGUUACACCCCACAAUGAUCCUUUGGUCACUUCUGUCAUGAUUAAUAAUUGUGAAGUACAACGUGUCCUUGUUGACACUGGGAGUGCACCAGACAUCAUGUACUUCCACUGUUUCGAGAGUCUAGGACUGGAUCCAGCAUUGUUGCAAAAAUAUGAUGGUCCUAUCUAUGGCUUCAACAACCAGCCUGUUCCGGUAGAAGGAGUUCUUACCCUCCAUGUGGCUUUCGGGAGUGGCAGGACCUAUAUGACUCCUUCAGUCCGGUUCCUCGGAGUCAAAAUGGUGUCCUCCUUCAACAUUGAGGUGGCCAGACAUUGUUAUAUCACCUCCGUAACACAACCUAUGAAGGGCAAAGAUCCGACACCCGAGGCCAUUCCCCAACCAAUUUCUGAUAAUCAGCAAGUUAUGGGCGUUGAGAUCGUCGAUAAUCGCCCGGAAGAUGAAACCAGAGCUGCUCCGGUCGAAGAUGUUGAAGAGGUGCUCAUUGAUGACAAAGAUCCAAGCCGAAAGACGCAGAAUGGAACUAGAUUGAACCCAGAGGAACGAGCAGAGUUAAUAACCUUUCUCCGAGCUAAUAAUGAUGUAUUCGCAUGGACUUCGGCCGAUAUGCCAAGAAUUCCGAAAUCAGUAUUCCAACACAAGCUUAGCACCAAUCCAUUGAAGAAACCAGUGGCCCAAAAGCGACGUCUCUUCGGGGGGGAGAGGCUUCAGGUUAUUAAAGAAGAGGUAGAGAAACUUCUACAAGCUGGUUUCGUUAGGAAAGUUGAUUACUGCGAAUGGGUGGCUAACCCAGUCCUGGUGAAGAAGGCAAACGUUGAAGCGGCUUCAGGCAAUGAGAGGUUAAGCCUCUUGGACGCAUAUUCUGGAUAUCACCAGAAAGCUGGUGCUACUUAUCAGAAAAUGGUGACCAUCGUCUUCCGAGCUCAGAUUGGCAAGAAUCUGGAGGUGUAUGUCGACGACAUCGUAGUAAAGAGCCGGAAAGCAGAAGACCAUCUAGCUGAUCUCGACGAAACCUUCAACAACCUCAGAAAGAACAGGAUGCGGUUGAACCCAGCCAAAUGCAUCUUCGGAGUGGAGUCCGGAAAGUUUCUAGGUUUCAUGGUGUCUCGAAGAGGGAUUGAGGUCAAUCUAGAGAAGAUCAGAGCAAUUGUCGAUAUGGAACCGCCGAAAUCAGUAAAAGAUAUACAGAGGUUGACUGGAAGAGUGGCAGCUCUUCAUCGAUUCAUAUCGAAGUCAGCAGAUAAGUGCUUGCCAUUCUUCAAGAUUAUGAGGUCGGCCGCCCAGAAGGAUGAAUCAGGAAAACAGAAGAAAUUUGAAUGGAAUCAGGAAUGUCAAACUGCAUUCAAUGAACUGAAGUCUUGUCUUAGCUCGCCACCUCUGCUGACUAAGGCUAUAGAUGGAGAGAUCCUUUAUUUCAGUGUAUUGCACGAGGCAGAGCUGAGGUAUCCUAUAGCUGAGAAAGCAGCAUUAACAGUUGUCACUUCGGCCAGAAAGUUGAGGCCAUAUUUCCAGUCACACCCAAUUAUCGUUCUCACAGAUCAACCUCUUAGGAAGAUUUUGCAAAAACCAGAGUGCUCUGGAAGAUUAAUCAAGUGGGCAGUAGAACUGGGGGAGUUUGAGAUAACGUUUCAGCAGAAAUCGGCCAUCCGAGCUCAAGCAUUAGCAGCUUUUAUUGUCGAAUGUACUUCCUGUCCUUCAACCUCUAAUCCAGAGCCCAAUGACUGGACCUUAUAUGUUGACGGAGCAUCUAGUAGCAAGGGUUCAGGGGCUGGCGCUCUCUUGAUUGGUCUAGACGGAUACCGAAGCGAACAUGCCCUAAAGUUCAACUUUGAUGCGACAAAUAACAUGGCUGAGUAUGAAGCUUUGAUACUUGGUCUACAGCUAGCAUUGGAGUUGAAAAUCAGUGCAAUUCAAGUAUACAGUGACUCCCAGUUGGUGGUAAACCAAAUCAACUCAAUCUGCGAAGUUUUUGAUCCUGUGAUGGUGAAGUAUGUAGUCUUGGUGGCCGAGCUGAAGUGCAAAUUCCAGAAAUUCUGUAUGAGCAAAAUCCCCCAAACCGAGAAUAAACAGGCAGAUUCGCUCUCCAAGUUUGCCUCUAACAGCUCUUUAAGUUCCAGAUCUGUUUUUGUCGAGGUCCUAGAUGAACCAAGCUUCAUGAAGCCUCGGGUGAUGGAGAUUAGCACAAACCCUGACGUGCCGCGCUGGACUGAUUCAAUCAUCUCCUUUUUGCGAGAUGGGAUAGCACUUGAGGAUAGAUCUUUCUCACUUCCUCUUUUGCGGUGUUUGAAUCCCUAUGAAGCUGAAUAUGCACUUCGCGAGGUGCACGAAGGUGUCUGUGGAAGUCAUGUCGGUGCUAGGACUCUGGCUCAUAAAGUCUUAAGGCAAGGAUAUUACUGGCCAAACAUGCAUAGAGAUGCCACUUACUUUGUUCAGAAAUGCCCGAAAUGUCAAUUCUUUGCACAUCUGACUCACCAACCAACAGAGGAGCUCACGAACUUGGUAGCACCAUGGCCAUUUGCUCAGUGGGGACUGGAUCUUUUAGGCCUGUUCAUGAAAGGGGUCGGUGGUGUAACCCAUCUGGUUGUUGGUGUGGAUUAUUUUACAAAGUGGGUUGAAGCUCGGCCUUUAUCUAGUCUUACUUCCAAAAAGGUCGAAGAUUUUGUUUUCAGCUCGAUUAUCUGCAGAUAUGGGAUCCCGAAUCAGAUUGUGGCCGAUAAUGGAACUCAAUUCAAUUGCUCCUCAUUCCAAGAUUUCUGUUCCAGUUAUGGGAUCAAGUUACAAUUCACCUUCGUUUAUCAUCCGGACUCCAAUGGUAUGGUUGAAUCUGUUAACAAAUGCAUUUUGGAAGGUAUAAGGUCGAGAUUGGAACAGCAUAAGGCCAAGUGGGCAGACGAGCUCAACAACGUCCUUUGGGCAUACAGAACCAUGAGCCGAACUGCCACAGGUGAAGCACCCUACCACUUGGCCUAUGGCACCGAAGCAGUCAUUCUCGUUGAAAUAGGAGUCCCAAGCUUCCGGGUCAUCCAUUUCGAUGAAGGACGAAAUGGACAACUGCUUCGGGAAAACCUUGAUCUGCUUGCCGAAGUUAGAGAAGAAGCUCGGCUUCGAACUCUUGUAUACAAGCAGAAACUAGCCAACUUCUACAAUAAAUGAGUCCGCCCUCGAACAUUCAAAGUAGGAGACCUUGUUCUCAGAAAAGCUGGCCUAACAGGGUUUGAAACUCGUUUUGGCAAACUCGCCCUGAAUUGGGAAGGCCCUUAUGUCGUGGUCGAGGUGCCACAUCCUUGUGCCUAUGUCCUCCAAGAAGCUGAAGGAAAGAGAGUUCCUAGAGUCUGGAAUGUCAAUAACUUGAAGAAAUUUUACCCCUAAUAAAAUUCUUUCAAGUGCUCUAUGUCUUACUGUUCUUUACGCUUCUCACUUCGUGUUUGUUGAGAUUCAUUUUACUUCUUAUUCUAUGUACCCGAGGUCAAUUAGUUCUUUCAUUCCUUGAAACCUCACCUCUGAUUAAUAAAUGUCACUUCACAUA